CGCCGAUGAAAUGCGCAGGCGUCAGGCUGAGGCCGUCCCUGAGUUUCACGCAUGCGCGCAGUACACAGAAGCCUUUGAAAACGUCGGUUGCAGGUUAAAAAUGACAAGGAAUUUCUCUACGGGAAUCUCGAACACAACACGCCAGAUUUGCUGUCUUUGUCCAGAUAUUUAAGAAGCGGAGCAAGGGAAUCACUCGAUCAUCCUUCCUGCUCAGACUGUGGGGAGGGAUUCACUCGAUCAUCCUUCCUGCUCAGACUGUGGGGAGGGAUUCACUCAAUUGUCCGACCGACUGGCACGCCUGUCAUUUUACAAAGGGGGAGCCCAUUCCCCUGCUCAGACAGUGGGAAUGGAUUCAGUCGGUCUUCUCAACUAAAGGUACAUCAGCAAGUUCACACUGGGCAAGGCCACUCACCUGUUCUGUGAUUGAGAAGCGAUUCAGUUGGUCAACCCACACGUGGACACACCAGUCAGUUCACACUGGGCAGAGGCUGGUCAUCCACUGAAUUUGUGGGGAAGGAUUCACUCGGUCAUCUGUCCUAAUGGCUCACCAGAGAGUUCACACUGGGAAGCGGCCAUUCACCUGCUCGGACUGUGGGAAGGGAUUCACAUACUCAUCUAAACUGAAGGUACAUCAGCGAGUUCACACUGGGUAUAAGCCAUUCACCUGCUCAGAAUGUGGGAAAGGAUUCGCUCAGUCAUCCGAACUACGGAGUCAUGAACGAGUUCACACUGGGGAGAAGCCGUUCAGCUGCUCAGUCUGUGGGAAGAGUUUCACUUUGUCAUCUCUCCUACUGAGGCACCAGUCAGUUCACACUGGGGAGAGGCCAUUCACCUGCUCAGACUGUGGGAAGGGAUUCACUCGAUCAUUCUCCCUACAGAGACACCAGUCAGUUCACACUGGGGAGAAGCCAUUCAGCUGCUCAGACUGUGGGAAGGUAUUCACUGAGUCAUCCCACCUACUGGUACACCAGUCAGUUCACACUGGAGAGAGGCCAUUCACCUGCUCAAUCUGUGGGAAGGGAUUCAUUCAGUCAUCUCAUCUACAGAUACACCAGCGAGUUCACACUGGGGAGAGGCCGUUCACCUGCUCAGUCUGUGGGAAGGGAUUCACCCGGUCAUCCCACCUACAAGCACACCAGUCAGUUCACACUGGGGAGAAGCCAUUCACCUGCUCUGUCUGUGGGAAGGGAUUCACUCGGUCAUCCACCCUACAGAGUCACCUGCAAGUUCACCCUGGAGAGAGGCCAUUCACCUGCUCAGACAUUGGGAAAAGAUUCAGCCAAAUCCAAUCUGUGCGGGUCUCCGGCCGUCGGCGACGAUGUGCAGACAUCCGGCCACUGGUGGCGCUGUGGAGGAACGCUGCUGAACGCAUGCGCGGUGCCGAGAGCCGCUGUUUGGCGGUUCUCCGAUUCGAGCAGGGACCGACUGACAUGCUGUCAAUUUACACGGGGGGAAUCCAUUUAUCUGCUCAGUCAUCCACUCUAAUGGCUCACCAGCGAGUUCACACUGGGGUGUGGCCAUUCACCUGCUCAGACUGUGGGAAGGGAUUCACGUUGUCAGCUCACCUACUGAGUCAUCAGUCAGUUCACACGGGUGAGAGGCCAUUCACCUGCUUAGACUGUGGGAAGGCAUUCACACAGUUUGCUACCCUACAAGCACACUGGUCAGUUCACACUGGGGAGAGGCCGUUCACCUGCUCAGACUGUGGGAAAGGAUUCACUUCGUCAUAUAAACUUAAGGUACAUCAGCGAGUUCGCACUGGGGAGAAGCCAUUCUCCUGCUUAGACUGUGGGAAGGGAUUUGCGUUGACAUCUCACCUACUGAGACAUCAGUUAGUACACACUGGUGAGAGGCCGUUCACCUGCUCAGACUGUGGGAAAGGAUUCACUUCAUCAUAUAAACUUAAGGUACAUCAGCGAGUUCACAUGGGGGAGAGGCCGUUCACCUGCUCAGACUGUGGGAAAGGAUUCACUCAGUCAUCCAACCUACAAGCACAUCAGCGAGUUCACACUGGGGAGAGGCCAUUCACCUGCUCAGACUGUGGGAAAGGAUUUACUCAGUCAUCCCACCUACAAGCACAUCAGCGAGUUCACACUGGAGAGAGGCCGUUCACCUGCUCAUUGUGUGGGAAGGGAUUCGCGUUGUCCUCUCACCUACUGAGACAUCAGUUAGUACACACUGGUGAGAGGCCGUUCACCUGCUCAGAAUGUGGGAAAAGAUUCACUUUGUCAUCUCAACUUAAGGUACAUCAGCGAGUUCACACUGUGGAGAGGCCAUUCACCUGCUCAGACUAUGGAAAAGGAUUCACUCAGUCAUCCCACCUGCGAGCACACUACUCAGUUCACACCGGGGAGACUCUAGACACCUGCUCGGACUUUGGGAAGAGAUUCUCUCAGUCAAAUCAACCAAAUGUGCAUCAUUGAGUUCACACUGGAGAGACCGUUCACUGGAUGUGUGUCCAUCACCGUUGCUGAAUGCAAUUUCGAGACUGACUGUCGGUGCUGAACUCUGCAAUCAUUGCUGCUGCUCACCACACCCAGUUCUGCACCCUGGUCAAUGGGCAUGGGAGGAGUUUCUUCUGCUGCACAUUCACCUUUAAUAGGACUGGAGUUUAAUAUUCUGCAUCUGUGACAAAUAAAUCAG